AUGAAGUACGCCAAGGAGUUUCAACACAUCCUCGACGCUUCCGAUUUCCCCGAUGACUGGAAGACGAGUGCGAUCGAGUACCGCAAGCUCAAGAAGCUCAUCAAGAAUGUACAGGCUGAGCUUGAAGGCAUGGGUCUGUCCCCCGCAGUUCUGCGGCAACUCCUCGUGACGGACUCGGGCCCAGGUCCUUCAAGGAGUAGCACAGCGGCGUCGGACCCAACUUCUGAGGCUGAGGCUGAGCUAUUCGAGUUCGAGUUCGACCCCGAUGGGCCCUCGAGUCCUAAGGAGGUUCAGCUCGACCCAGUGUUCGACAGCGACGACGAGGAGACGCCAGUGCCAACCCGCUUCCGGGUACGCGUGCUCUCGGACAGCGAAGGGCCCGGGAGCUUCGGUACCAGCCCGGCCCCAAUCAGUGUCGCGGAUCUCAUGAUGCGGGGUGGGCGGGGGCGAUCGUCGUCGUCGUCGCCCAUGCCCAUGUCCAUGUCAUCUUCGCGCAUGGAGAGUCCGUCGGGCGUUGGACGUGUUGUCAAGGCCGAAGGCGUGACGGCGCAAUACCUGUUUACGGGAGACGAGAGCAGUCCCGUCCCUCAGAUCCGGUUAAGCGUCUUCCCCGAGUCACUUCCGACCGAGUCACCUCUGAACAGCAGAUCAACGAGCGAGCUAUCGAGUUCCACACAUCAUAGCGACACAGACCCGACUGAAGAGACGGACACGGGGAGCGAUAUCCUCGAGAUCCCACAUGAACCGGAAAUGCCACUUUCACCGGCGCUGCUCAAGAUGCGUACGGCCAUGUCGCCAAUCUGGGCUCUCGCCAGCACCACCCAGGCUGGGCACGGUAUGGUCGAGCUGAACAUUGGCGAGGCGGCGGCACCUCAGCGGCGAGCCAAUCUCCAAAUUGACCUGGACGCCACGCCGACAUUGCCUCCGUUCAGCGACGCGCCUUCACCGGCCGUAGCGGAUAUCGGCGACUCGGCCCUCAGCUCGUCUCCUCCAAACGCCGUCGGGUUCGGGACGUCGCCCGAGCCACGCGAGUUCAUCAUCCCCCUGCAGUCGGACAUGGCGUUCUUCAACGUCCUCACAGCUGCACUUACGAGUCUCUCGCGGUUCCACGCAGCGCAACAGGAACAGUUCCACGCCGACGUCGAGGCGCUCUGCAAGUCCAUCAGCGACAGUAUCACGCCAGGCGACACGGUGACUGUCCUUCCAACACCGCUGAAUUCCGGACCGGGAGCAGUGGCAAAGUACAAGUACAAGAGCGUGACGCCGAGCCAGAAGGACCUGUAUGCGUGGCGUGACAUUUUUGCACUCUGGGUCGAGGCCGAGAUAUUUGAAAGCUCUAGCGAACGGACACGCGGCGAGCGGACGAUAGAAGAAGCCGAGCGCCGUUUGCACGCCUUUGCAGCCGAGGUUGUGCGUCGCGGCCUCGGCGACCGACGCACGAUUCGGGGCAAGAGGACGCGCAAGGCAUGGGAAGACUUUCUCAAGCUCAACGUCCGGCUACUUGAUCUCAAGCGGUUCCAGCUGGCCAACAUUAACGCCGCGCGCAAGAUUCUCAAGAAACACGACAAGCGCACGGCACUCACGGCGAGUACGGGGCUCGCGUCGUUUGUUCGCAGUACACUCGCCAUGCACGUCGACCAGGAUGGCAAUGUCAGCACGUGGACGUUUUACAACACGUCUCUGCCGCAUGUCCUGCUCGCCCGGAUGACGGAUACGCUGCUCCCGAUCCUGCCGUCACUCGACGACUUUGCAUGCCUCAUCUGCAUGUCGAUUGCGUUCAAGCCUAUUCGCCUGACAUGCGGACAUUUAUUCUGCGUUCGCUGCCUCGUCAAGAUGCAGCAGCGGGGCAACGACAGCUGCCCGCUAUGCCGCAAGAACACUGUUCUCCUGGCCGACCGCGCCUGUCUCGACGUCACGCUGAUGAACUUUAUGAAGGAUUGGUUUCCGCGCGAGGUGCGUGCCAAGCAACUGGAGAGCACGGCCGAAAUCGCGCGAGAGAGCAUUGAAGACGCGGCGGGCGUGCGCCCCACCGAACGAGAUAGAUGUGUGGUCAUGUAG